AUGGCGGGCGGGGAGGCAGUGCUUGAAAGGCUGACACAUCCCGAGGUCGCAGAUUUUUUAAUUCGAGGAGCCAGAUUCAUAAAAUGGGACGAUGUAGGUCGAACCGCUUUUCACUCGUUUUGGUUUUAUGCUCAAGUCACGCUAUAAAGCUAAACCUCCGUGUCGUUUCGCUUCGAUCUCCAUUUUUUAUUAAGCUUACUAGCAGUGAGGUUCUUUACCUUGGUAACCUAACUUUAAGGCAUCUUCUGUACAAAUCUCUACCGGCCAUUUUUCCGCAAGUCGAGUUCGCCGCUCAGAAUAUUCCCGUAUUUGUCUACAGGAAGUAUUUCUGUGUUAUUAAUUGUGAAGCCCAUUGCGAGAUCCCGGCCUUGUGUACAUGACAGGGCUUCACUUCCUUUCGCGAAGGUAUUAAAAUAUAUUUUAAAUUUUUGCUCUUUCUUUGCAGGACUCUCAAUUAGGCCAGCCAUGUACUGUAAAAGUAGAUUCGGCUGGUCAUUUAAUUUAUUGGCGAGCUGAAGAUAAGGUAAGAUUUAAAUAAACCAUGUGUAAUGGUAUCCGAAGGUUGACAGUGCAGGUUUCUUUUUGUUUUUGUCACUCAUGCAGUCAGUGCAAGUUCUUUGCACUUUCCAGGUUUCUUCACGAUCAUCCAAAGUCGCCGUUUUCUAGACUGUUAGGCUCCUGACAAGUGUAACUUUCUAUCAUCGUAACCAUAUCUUUUAUUUUUCAGUUUAGAGAGAGUGUCAGUUUACAUAGCCCUUUAUUUUUAAAUUAAAACUUUUAAUAUCUCUGCAUUCACACACAGGAAACGGACUUACUGGAGUUGACGUUUGUUCGAGACGUGAGGACGGGAAAAUCGGCCAGAAUUCCGAAGGUUUGUGAUCUGAACUGUUAAAUUUAAGCUUAGUUAAAGUAUCAAAAAAUAAUCCAACAUGUCCGAAAGUCAUUUGCUUUUCGCUGAUAAGUGUUCUCGAUGAUAUCAGUCAGCUAGUGACCAUGUGCACGAUUUUCGAUAUAAAACACCGAAAAAACGCGAGUCUUUUUGUUGAUAUUUGGUACUUUGCUUCGAGCUCUUUUGUAAAUAAACAAUAAUUUACCUUUUCCGCCUAUAUGCUUAUAAGUGCCACUCAAAAAAAUAUUUCUGUAAAUGCUAAUACAUUUCAACUUCUUUGAAGAUUUAUUAGACUUUCAAAUUUAGCCCUCGCAGCUAGUACAUAAAUUUGUUCUCUGUGAAAGGUUUCUGUUCGUUAUAAUUCUUUUUUUAUUCCUUUUUGUGGCAUUAACAAUGCCUUUAAUCCUGUGAUAGAAUGCCUUAUUGCGCCCGGGUAGAAUAUUUAAGGCAUUUUCCAGCUGAAAGUGUGUUGUUCCACUUGUUGUUAUGGCAAGAAAUAGUUUUUGUUUUGACAUGAAAGUGGUUCGUUUUUGGAAUGAGGUUUUGGCUUAAACAAAAUGCAUGUAGGCUUUUCUUUUAAUUAUUUAUUGUUCUCUUUUGUGAAUAAUAUCACCUAGCAAUUUUGUGUCACCCUAGUUUGGCAAAAUUAAAUAUUGCAAUUUUUCAUAACUCAAAUUCCCAAAUUAAAAGCACCAAACGAAAUGUUUUUUGCCCUCACCUUAGCUAAUAAAAUUGCAGUUUAGGCUUAUUUUCCCAUCACAUCAUGUCAAUUAAUUUUGCAAAAAAUUCAUGCAUAUGGAACCAUAUUUAAGAACUUUGAUUGAUUUAAAAUACUCACUACUUUGUUAAUUGGAAAAAUACGUUUUGAUGGUGGAUGAAGGAAGGUUUUAUAAUUUUUCUUGAGCUUUCCCUUUGAUGUUUUUUUCUAACAAUUUAACUUUGAUCUCCCUUUGCUGGGUUCUUUAUGAUACAUGGCUCUUGUUCUGUGUCUGACAUUUGUUGUUUUAGAAAAGAAUUAAAAUAAUAAAUUUAAAUCAUGUUUGUUCAAUAAAUAUGCAAAUUUAGCUCCUUUCUACAAAGAAGAGAAUAUAAAUAACAUAUUCAUCAUGAUUUCCAGACAUUAAAAAAUGUUACUGGCUCUUAGAAUCAUAUUAAUUAUGUGAGUCCCAAACUAUACCACAAAUGAUUUUUUGCUUUGAAAUAAAAGGUAUCUCAGGACAUUAGAUUGUAAUAUACAAAGCCAAACAUUCAUCGCUGAAAAAGACUGGUGGUGCAUCUCCCAUUUACUCUUGAUAAGUUUGAGUUUUGAUUUGUGUAAUUUUUGUAAGUUUCAGUGGAACAUUUAGUUGUUAAUGACCUCAGGUAAUUACUGAUCAUUUUUUUCAUGGUGUUGGACAACCUGGUGGUAGAUAAAAGUAGUUGUUUAACUUUUCCCCACAGAAAGUAGUGUUUUUUCUUUAUCAAGUUUUAUUUUUUAACGUACAAAAUGGGUGCAAAAUUUCAGUUUCGCAUGCAUCAAGAUGUGAAAAAUAAAUUAUUCCAGUAAUGAACACUUCACCCAUCAGUUACCAACACUGCAGCUUAAAUUGAAAUUCUUAGCGUGAGUAUAUUUUUGUAUUUGUGGACAGUUCUUAUCAGAAGCAGAUGUUUAAUAUUAUUUUUUUCCAAAUCUCUACAUUUGGCAUAAAACUCCUGUUUACAAACUGGUUGAAAAUAGGAUUUUAAAAAUGAAGUGUCUUAGUAACAGGCAGCUGACUUUGUUUCUCUUUUAUGGUUUCUAAAAACAAUUAGCGCUAGCGAUUUCAUUUUUCCAUGGUCAUUUUUGAGGGGAAUUUAUGUGCAUCAUUUUACAACAUGCAAAUGAGUACUUUAGGCAUUGAGCAGAAAUUUUUGAGCCAACAACAUCGCUCUGAUCGUUCCAAACACAAAAGCAGUAAGGGUUAUGACAAAAAGGAAUUCUUUAUAAAGUUAAUGUUGUUUCUAGUUUUAAGUUCCUAAUGUCAGUAGUUCCAAAUUUGUGAAAGACUAACACAUAGAAGCUCACAUCCAAGCUCUGAUAUGCUGCUUUGUGCUCAGAGUUUACCUUUUAUUUAAUUCUUGUUUAUUUGAAUAGGAACAAAGACUGCGGGAUUCACUGAAAUUUGGAGUGUCAGAGGAAGAGUUGUUGCAAGACAAAACAAUAACAAUUGUACAUGGACCGAACAUGGUGGACCUUGUUUAUGUUAACUUUGUUUCUGGUUCAGUUAAUGUCACACGUGAUUGGACAGAUGCUCUUAUGAAGUUAACGAACAAUCUCUUGGCUGUGAAUGCAUCUCCUAUGAGCUUCCUUGAAAAACAGUAAGUAGAAAUUGAUUAAAAUUUCACCAGUUAACUUCUAGAGCAGUUUGUGGUGGGAAUACUUGUCACUCUUCUUUGAGUCUACAAAAUCCUUUAUAAUUACCAUCCAAAUGAAAUGUCUUCAGAAUAAUUUUUUCAUAUUCAGGGUGCAAAGAAAGUAAUGUCCAAUACCCCAUGGCUAGUGGAUAUUGCUGUCGGGCUAGUAAAUUCUGUUCUUAAUUUGCUCAUGGGCAAGUGAAGUGUUUCGGGGAAUUCAAAUAACAGUAGAACCUUAAUCAAUCCUGCUCAUCGAAUUUAUUUUUGGGCUAGUUGAAAUGACUAUUAGGCAAGUACAUGCUAGCUACAGCUUGCCCAAAUGGCAAGCUGUAAAACUGACUUUCUUUGCAUCCUGAUAUUACUAGUUUAAAUUAUUUCUUACGAUUUUCUUGUAAGAAAUAUGAUUCUCUUUGGCUGGUAUCAGAUGGAAGAUGAUGCUAGUAAUCUGUGAAUAAAUGUUGUAUCCUUAUUAAUGUUGAUUUGUUGUUUAGUUUUACAAAGUUGUGUGUGCAAACAAAUGCAGAAGGAAAAGUUCCUGUGAAGAGGUAAGUGACUUUUAAUCACAAAAAUUAAUACAGGCUUUGUCGUUAUGUCUGCGGAAGAACAGUCUGACACACACAUAGAUUGUAACCUCCACUAACCACCUGGAGGCACCAACACUUCAGAGUUUUCAAAAUUGAAUCAAACUGUUCAUUUUCAGAUCUUCAAUCAGGAAAAUUUAAUAGUCUGAUUUAAAAAUGUCUUAAAUUUUUUAAGACUACAUUUUUAUGACCCUUGAAAGAUGGUUAACCCUAACCCAGGAUUUAGGCAGAUUUUAAGCAAAAUUGUUGUGUCUUAUUAUUAUGUUAAUUAAGCUGAUUGAACGUCAUGGAGCCUCGUAAAUUGUAAUUAUUGUACUGGUGCGACCAUGCACAGAGCACUUACAUUUAGGAGUUCUUAAAGGUCGGUACACACUAGGCGACAAGUUGCAGCAACAUGUCGCGGCAACACAUUGCAGCGACAAAUCGCUUUGUGUGUACAGGAGAAUUUUUGUGAAAAUCUUUGUCGCUGCAACAGAAUUUGUCACCCCAACAAGUCGCAUAGAUUCAGUCUGAUUUGAUUUUUUGCAACUUGUUGCAGCGACAAAAUUCUGUUGUGGAGACAAAGAUUUUCACAAAAAUUCUCCAGUGCACACGAAACGAUUUGGCGCUGCGACGUGUUACCUCACCUUGUUGCUGCAACUAGUCGCCCGACCUGUGCACACGGAGUGAUCUGUCGCCGCGACGUGUUGCAGCAACUUGUCGCCUAGUGUGUACAGACCUUAAGAGCUUGUCGAACAUGCUUGUGCAUGCCAGAUCAAAUUGGAAUUUGGAAGUGAUGGCUUUUAAGGAGAGGGGGAAACUGUAGUAGCAGGAGAAAUACCUCUCAUAGCAAGGGAGAGAACCCUUAACCAACAUGGCACUGACACUGGAAUUCGAACCUGGGCCACAGUAGUGGGAGGCAAGUGCUCUCAUCACUGCGCCACAGUUGCUCCCUUAAAGCUGAAAAAUAAUUAUGUUAAUCCAAAAUGAUGGUGUUAAACAGUUUAUUGGAAGGUCAAGCCCAGGCCACCAAAAUGUUUGCAUGUGUUUCUCUCUUGUCAUGUGUACUGAGUAAGUCCCUAACUAUCUUUCUAAACUGUCAGCAUUCUGAAGUAUGUAAGUUCAAGUAAAGAAGACAAGAAGAGAGUGCUAGAUGCUCUGCAAUCUGUUGGUCUUCCACAUGGAAAAGUAAGUUCUUGCAAUCAUAAAGUAUCAUUAUUUUGUUGAGUUUAAUAACAGUCUACUCUACCUCAGGAAUUGUUACUCUCUUUAUGUUCUUUCUUUAAGGCUUUGUAGAUUUUCUGAAUUGAUACUUGUAUGUGAGCUUUGAAACUACUUGGAAGUUUGCUAAAACAUUGAAAGAAAUAAAUGAAUUCUCCUGAGAAGUGCAUUUACUUAGUGCAUUAUUUGUCUUCAAAUAAAAUUUUAUGUGACAAUUUAGCCUUUACGGUAGUUUAUGAGUACAGUAAUGUGGAAAGAGGCUAGGAACAUGGAAUCGAGGGUACUGAUUUGAAUUUUGAAUUCAAGAUGGCAUCUUUAGGUAAUGUUGUAUUUAUUUAUUGUCGUGCAAUGUAUGUCACAUUCUUGAUCUCUUUGACACUAAAAAAUUUUUCCUCAGCCCUCCUCCUCCCCAUUCCUGCUUCUUCCUUGUUCUAUAGUUUGUAUAUUUCAGGCAGUUGAUUGCCCUCACCUUCACCGGCAAUACAUGUUUAAUGAAAGUUUGAGUUUGUAUUUGGACUGGAUUUUCAGAGUUUAAUAAACCUGCUAUGUGCAAAAUUUCACUUAGCCAUUUUUCUCCAUCAUGUAUUUUGUAUUGCCUUUUCAAACAGAGCACAGCACAUAUUUCAUUCUGAUUAAGGGUUGCCAUUUUGUGGGUAGAUUGAAGCAUAAAUGUCUUUUUUAUUUUUUCCACUUCAGUAAACUUCUGAGGCUGGACUUUUAAAAAAAGAUAUUUUUUCCUAUAAAUUUCUAUAACAGCAGUACUUAUCGUCAAAUAUUUCACUUUAUACUUUCAGAACGACAGUAUUAGCCCUGAUAAAUUUAGUUUUGAAGAAUUUUGGGCUUUUUACAACAGGCUAUGUGACAGAAAGGAUAUAGACACAAUAUUUGCUGAAAUGUAAGUUCAAAUAGGCCAGUUUCAAAUUAUUAAAAUUCAUACUUGGCUCCAAGGGUGAAGGGUAUAAAACAAAAUUUGCAUCGAGAUUCAGGAAUGAAUAAUUAAUUUCUUUUGUUUUAUUCCCCAUAGCCUCGGAGUCAAGUACAACUUUUAAUUAUUUAAAACUACCAGCCUAUUCUUGUUGUAUUUAGUAUCAUCAAUGGGAAAAGGGUUUACUGUUUGCAACUUUCUGAGCAUUAAUUUUUAGCCCUCUAAAACAUAGCACACUUUGGAAAAGAGUGAUAGCGGCACAACAUUGCAUGGAGGGGGUGGGGAGUGAAAGUUUCAUUUUCCCUUUUUGAUGUUGGCAAACAUCUGAAGCCCUCUAGGGCAAGGUGUCUCAGGUACAUGAAAUUUUGUUGCUGAUUUUUGGUUGAGCACUGUUUUAAUGUGAUGAUAGAUUUUUCUCACAACAGCUGUGCCCUCUUGGUUUGAUGAAUUGCAAUGUCAGCUAGAAUCUAAAUUUGGGAUUGUGGAGUACUGCUACUUGAAUGAGCUGAAAAACAAUUAUUAACCUGCAGGAAUGAACUACCAGUACAAUGUACAAAUGUAUGAGCAACAUGACAUGUAUUGGUACUAAUUUUGUACUGACUGUUUUCUCAGUGGUGCAAAGAAAAAACCGUACUUGACAGUGGAUCAACUUGUGGAGUUUCUAAACAAUGAACAACGAGAUCCACGCCUCAAUGAAAUCCUCUUUCCAUACUGCACUAGUGAAAAAGCUCAAGCCAUUAUUGAGAAAUAUGAGCCAAACAAAGACUUUGCAAAGAAAGGUAAGAACUUUUGUCAGCUCCAUAAAAUGAAUUGCAUGUCACCAGUAGGUGUAAUAUGAUUUUCGUGGUGAGUGUAGUAUUCUGAAUAAGACUAUUGUUGACAGUGACCUACAAUCAGUGACCAUUGACAAAAGUCCUAUUCAGGACUACACUCACCUAACCUCACCUUGACCAUGUUUUAACAGAAUCAGGGCUCAAAGAAAGCCCUGUUUCUUAGUCUAUACUAGUAGAUUUUGUUGCUGGGCAAGUAAGCUUUAGCCCAAUGGGCAAGGGUACAGGCAAAUCAUUCACUAACAAAAUCACUAACUAAGGCAGGCAAGAACAAGAAGUGGCCCUGGGCCAGCAAAAUACAGGAGCUGCUUGCCUAAGGGAUAAGCUGGAAUUUAGUUUUUUCAAGCCCUGAUGUUUCUAUAAAAGUGUCCUGUUAUAAUGUACAUGGUAGUUGGACAUUGAUCAUCCACUAAUAGAAAGAGUAAAAUUGUAUUUCAUUUUCAGGUCACUUUUCAGUGCAAGGCCUUACAAGAUAUCUUAUGAGUGAUGAAAACUUUAUAAUCAACCACGAUCGCCUCUCUCUUCAUCAAGAUAUGACGCAUCCUUUGUCACAUUAUUUUAUCAAUUCNGGCCCUGGGCUAGCAAAAUACAGGAGCUGCUUGCCUAAGGGAUAAGCUGGAAUUUAGUUUUUUCAAGCCCUGAUGGUUCUAUAAAAGUGUCCUGUUAUAAUGUACAUGUUAGUUGGACAUUGAUCAUCCACUAGUAGAAAGAGUAAAAUUGUGUUUCAUUUUCAGGUCACUUUUCAGUGCAAGGCCUUACAAGAUAUCUUAUGAGUGAUGAAAACUUUAUAAUCAACCACGAUCGCCUCUCUCUUCAUCAAGAUAUGACGCAUCCUUUGUCACAUUAUUUUAUCAAUUCGUCACACAACACAUAUCUAACAGGUAAUGUGUACACAUUCUUGUUUUAAGGUCCCUGUUUAUUGUUCAGAGAAGUAAAACACCAACUUAUACACUCACAAAAAAAGAUAUCUUUUCUGGAGUAACACACUACUAUUUUUUCUGACUGCUGUAUUCAAAUUUUUGUUAGGUCAUCAGCUAACGGGAAAAUCAUCAGUAGAAAUGUACAGGCAGGCCUUAUUGGCUGGUUGCCGCUGUUUAGAAUUAGAUUGUUGGGAUGGAAGAACAGAAGAACAAGAACCAAUUAUUACACAUGGAAAAACAUUUUGCACUGAAAUUUCAUUCAAGGUAAGAAUUGGGUUCAAAAGGCUGAACAGUACACCAACAGACUUGAUUCUCAGAGGGGGGUUCCUCAGGAAAUCAAUAUUGUGGGUGGGUGGGUAGGACCAUACAAGACCCUGUUCAGUUCGAAUUUGUAGCACAAUACCAUAAAAUAUCCCUACCCUGUCCCUUAUUUUCUUACAAACUAGAAUCUCUACAGUGUACAUAUCAUGGUGUCAUUAAUGUACGUAAAUCUGUAUCCAGCGUGCAAAGAAAGUCAUGUCCGAUAGCCUGGGGCUAGUAGAUUUUGCUAUCGGGCUAGUGAUUUUUGUUUUAAUAACUUGCCCGAUGGGCAAGUACUGUUUUUUGGGGAAAUUCAAAUUACAGAAAGAUUGUAAUCAAUCCUGCUAAUCAAAAAGGGUUUUGGGGCUAGUUGAAAUGACUUUUGGGCUAGUACAUGCUAGCUACGGCUUGCCCGAAUGGCAGGCUGUAAAACUGACUUUUUUUGCACCCUGACAGGGACACAACAAUGUACUUAUUCCUCCUCCCACUUUCUGCCAGAACUUACAGCUCUUGAUUGUAGAAUCUAGUUUUUAGAUUGGAAAAAGCCAGAACAAAUAUCACUUUGUUAGCUUCCAGUACUACCUUGUGAAUCUCUGAGGUUUCUUUUUUGAUAAUUGUUAAUAAGUGAUAAUUUGCUGUGUUUUGUUUUAGGAUGUUAUUGAAGCUAUUGCAGAGUAUGCAUUCAAGACAUCUGAUUAUCCAGUUGUUCUUUCUUUUGAAAAUCACUGCAGGUAAAGUAACAAGGUGUCUGUUUUUAAAGAGUUGAGUAUAACAGUCAAAGCUGUUGCUGUUGUCGUCGCUUCGCUGUUCUAGAAGAUUCAUUUGAUACUCAGUGUCUCAGUAUUUUCUAACAAUUCAAGUUUAUUCACCAUUCAUGUGUUGAAAUCGGGCUCACAUCUUUUCACUUCUACAUUACGAGCAUUAACAGCAUGAUUCGUUGAAAAAGGAAAAAGGCCAAGUAUCCUGAUGAGAAAUUCACUAAAGGAUGAAAAAACUGUUUAAAAAAACUACUUACACUAGCACGAAUUGUCUGCGGGUCUUCGGUUUCUAUAUCUCAAUUCUUCUCUUCAUGUCAACUGCUAGCUCAAAACUGAAUUUUAAACAUUGCACUUGAAUGCAAAAGUACCCUUCAGGGAAUUUAGGGGACGUGUUGCUAUCGGCAACAGAGUUAAUUUAUAACAGUUGCAAAAAAUCUCCCAAAGUACUAAAAUUUGUUGAUCUCUUGCUGAAAUUUUCCACUGGAAUAACCUGGAAUAAAGUUUCAACUGUGUUUUCCAUAAACGUUUUGAGAAUGUAAACAACCCCUUUCUGUCUGGUUUUGUUCUGAUCUAUAUAAUUAGGUGAUCCAAUAAAGGUUGCUUUGGCUAUUUGGAAUUGCCCAGUGAGAGGCUCACUCAAGCACAUCAUUGCAGCAAGUUCCAUACAUAUAUGCCCUAUGUAUGCCCAAAUGCACAACGCCCAAUUGCCCAUGACCAAUUACCAAUGCAACCUUUAUGGAAUUAGGUAUAUAUUUGGUUCAAUUUUGUUCAAUUCAAUUCAAUUUCAGAUUAUCACGCUUUCCCAUAACAAAAGGCAAUGGAAAAUAAAAUUAAACCAGGGAUAAAAUUUAUCAUAGUGUACAUAACAGGUUUCAUUAAGUGCUUUUAAUUGGAAGUUGAGUGUAGUAUAUUGGAUAGGUGAUGGCUUAUGAGACCUGUUUAUUUAGCUUUGACUGUUUCCUUCUAUCAUCCUUCUAUUUUCUUCUGUUUUUCAGUCCUAAGCAGCAGGCUAAGAUGGCAGCUUACUGUGUCAAUAUUUUUGGUGACAUGCUCCUUGAUAAACCUUUGGAUGAUUAUCCUGUAAGCCGUGUUUUGUCUUUCCAUGAUUUAUUUUGGGCUGUUUAGUAUUUUAAAUCAUUGCAUAGCUGUCUUUCAAAUUCAUUGCAAGUGCAGGCCUGGAAACACCAGUCUCCCCCAUCACAGUGUAGAUGUAAAUCUAAACGCCUUCACGUAUAAAUGAUAUAUAUACAUACUAUUAACAUAACUUAAGAAUAAAGUAAUUUUACAUUGAAAAAACAGUAAAGAGAAAGUGGACCAGAGGCCAAUGAUCAGUGCUACCUAUUAAAAUACAUAAAUAAAAAAAUAGCACACUUUUCCUCUGCUACUUAAUUCAUAGUAUAUAUGAUUAUUAAUAUAUAGCUGUGUCACAAGUAGGCAAGGUGAAACAAAUACUGCAUUCUGAUUGGCUACCCAAGCAAGAAAGAUGGGUCCAUCUUGCCCGCUGUGGAUUUCCGGCAUUUGUCCCACAAGAAAAAGUUCUCUUUUCAGCCAUAUAAUAAAUCCUUUAUUGACCAAGCUUGUGCAGUUAAGAUGGCUGAAAGUUGGCCUUGUUUUUUUUUCUUGCAUUUUUAUUGACUUGAAAACACAAAAAAGUUCUUGACCCAUAUUCAUCCAUCUUGACUGAACAAGCUUGGUCAAUAAUGCAUAUAUAUAAAAAAUAGUUAGCCCCAGGCCUGUCAUUGAGAGCCAGGGACCAGGGAUUUCCCCCAGCUACCAUCAAUGUGGCCCCUUGCUACUUUCAUAGGAAAAUAGGAGAAAAAUAGAACCAAAAGAAAUCCCUAGCUGUUUGAUUCCCUGCCUACUUGUUAUAUUUACCUGGCAACUUGAAAUCUUAGUGACAGCCCUGUGUGAUACAGAGGCACGUGGUGUUAAAUGGAAUUUGUGCUUUUUUUGGAAAGCUCGAAAAAGGAACAUCUCUUCCACAUCCAAAGGCCUUGUUAAGAAGGAUAGUGAUAAAGAACAAGAAGAAAGCAAAAAAACUCGAGGAAGGUACCAAGCACCAUGUUUAUUAAAUUAACUUGAAAGAUGUUCAUGAUCAUCAUGAAUAUUAAAUGUUUUUAUUUUAAAUCAUUCUGGGAAAGUAUAUAGUUUUUUUUGCACUUUAUAAUGUCACCGCCGAAAAGUGAAAGAUGAGCGUAAUGGAAUUAUCACCAGUUGUAAAAGGUAUUGGUUAAUUAAACCAAUAUUUAUUCUCCUCAUCAGUAGCCAGUUCACAGUCUCAUUACUUUCUCUUUGCAUGAUUGUAUGGAAUUAUAAACUGCUUCGAAUUGACUGCAAGCACAAGAUUGUGGGCUUGGCACUCGUUCUUGCACUCUUGCUCUUGUUCUUGCUCUUGCAUGCUGUCAAAUUGUCAAAUAAAAAAGAAAUAGUUCUGUGAACAGGCUACCACAUCAGUACGUAAGGAAAUGUUUGUAGUACAGUGUGGAGAAUACAUUACAAAGCUGAAGUGUGUUAUUUUGCACUUUCUAGGUGUUGAUUCAGAAAAACCUACAACUGACUCAAGUACCACAGUGACAAGUUCUGACAUUUUUCAGGUCACUUUUCAGUGCAAGGCCUUACAAGAUAUCUUAUGAGUGAUGAAAACUUUAUAAUCAACCACGAUCGCCUCUCUCUUCAUCAAGAUAUGACGCAUCCUUUGUCACAUUAUUUUAUCAAUUCAUCGCACAACACAUAUCUAACAGGUAAUGUGUACACAUUCUUGCUUUAACGUCCCUGUUUAUUGUUCAGGGAAGUAGAACACCAACUUAUACACUCACAAAAAAAAGAUAUCUUUUCUGGAGUAACACAGUACUAUUUUUUCUGACUGCUGUAUUCAAAUUUUUGUUAGGUCAUCAGCUAACGGGAAAAUCAUCAGUAGAAAUGUACAGGCAGGCAUUAUUGGCUGGUUGCCGCUGUUUAGAAUUAGAUUGUUGGGAUGGAAGAACAGAAGAACAGGAACCAAUUAUUACACAUGGAAAGACAUUUUGCACCGAAAUUUCAUUCAAGGUAAGAUUUGGGUUCAAAAGGCUGAGCAGUAUAACAACAGACUUGAUUCUCAGGGGGUGGUACCUCAAGCAAUAAUUAAGAUUGUGGGUGGGGGUGGGUAGGUGGGUGGCUGCUAGUGCCAACCACAAACACUCGGCCCAUACAAGACCCUGUUCAGUUGCAAUUUGUAGCACAAUACCAGCAGCAUAUAAAAUAUCCCUACCCUAUCCCUUACUUUCCUACAAAGUAGAAUCUCUACAUAUCAUUGUGUCAUUAAUGUGCGUAAAUCUCUAUCAAUCCCAAACUUUAAGAAGAAGGGUUUUGGGGCUAGUUGAAAUGACUUGUGGGCUAGUACAUGUUAGCUACAGCUUGCCUGAAUGGCAGGCUGUAAAACUGACUUUCUUUGCACCCUGACAGGGAUACACAACAAUGUACUUAUUCCUCCUUCCACUUUCUGCUAGGACUUACAGCUCUUGAUUUUAGAAUCUAGUUUUUAGAUUGGAAAAAGCUAGAACCAGUAUCACUUACCGGUAGUUACCUUCCAGUACUACCUUGUUAAUCUCUAAGGUUUCUUUUUUGAUUGCUAAUAAGUGAUAAUUUGCUGUGUUUUGUUGUACAGGAUGUUAUUGAAGCUAUUGCAGAGUAUGCAUUCAAGACAUCUGAUUAUCCAGUUGUUCUUUCUUUUGAAAAUCAUUGCAGGUAAGGUCUGUUUGUAAAGAGUUGAGUAUAACAGUCAAAGCUGUUGCUGUUGUCGUCGUUUCGCUGUUCUUGAAGAUUCAUUUGAUACUCAGUGUCUCAGUAUUUUCUAACAAUUUGAAAGUUUAUUCACCAUUCAUGUGUUGAAAUCGGGCUCGCCUCUUUUCACUUCUACAUAACCUGUUGCUGUUGUCGUCAUUUCGCUGUUCUUGAAGAUUCAUUUAAUACUCAGUUUCUCAAUAUUUUCUGACAAGUCAAGUUUGUUCACCAUUCAUGCAUCAAAAUCGGGCCCACCUCUUUUCACUUCUACAUUACGAGCAUUAACAGCAUGAUUCGUUGAAAAAGGAAAAAGGCCAAAUAUCCUGAUGAGAUUUUCACUAAAGGAUGAAAAAAAUGUUAAAAAAAACUACUGACACUAACGCGAAUUGUCUGCGGGUCUUUGGUUUUUAUAUCUCAAUUCUUCUCUUCAUGUCAUCUGCUAUCUCAAAACUGAAUUUUAAACAUCGCGCUCAAAUGCAAAAGUACCCUUCAGGGAAUUUAGGGGACGCGUUGCUAUUGUUAACAGAUUUAAUUUAUAACACUUGCAAAAAACCUCCCAAAGUACUAAAAUUUGUUGAUCUCUUGCUGAAAUUUUCCACAGGGAUAACCUUAAAAGUUUCAACUGUGUUUUCCAUAAACUUUUUGUGAAUGUAAACAACCCCCUUCUGUCUUGUUUUGUUCUAAUCUCUAUAAUUAGGUGAUCCAAUAAAGGUUGCUUUGGGUAUUUGUUUUUCCCAUGGGGUUGUUCACUCCAGCACAUCAUUACAGCAAGUUCAAUGCGUGUAUGCCCUACAUAUGCCCAAUUGCCCAUGACCAAUUAAGAAUGCAACCUUUAUGGAAUUAGGUAUAUAUUUUGGUUCAAUUUUGUCAUCAGAUUAUCAUGCUUUCCCAUAACAAAAGGCAAUGGAGAAUAAAAUUAAACCAGGGAUAAAAUUUACCACAGUGUACAUUUCUGUAACAGGUUUCUUUAAGUGCUUUUAAUUGGAAGUUGAGUGUGGUAUAUUGGGUAAGUGAUGGCUUAUGAGACCUGUUUAUUUAGCUUCAACUGUUUCCCUUCUAUAAUCCUUUUAUUUUCUUCUGUUUUUCAGUCCUAAGCAGCAGGCUAAGAUGGCAGCUUACUGUGUCAACAUUUUUGGUGACAUGCUCCUUGAUAAACCUUUGGAUGAUUACCCUGUAAGCCAUGUUUUGUCUUUCCAUGAUUUACUUUGGGCUGUUUAGUAUUUUAAAUCAUUGCAUAGCUGUCUGUCAAAUUCAUUGCAAGUGCAGGCCUGGAAACACCAGUCUCCCCCAUCACAGUGUAGAUGUAAAUCUAAACCCUUUCACAUAUAAAUUAUAGAUAUAUACAUACUAUUAACAUAACUUAAGAAUAAAGUAAUUUUACAUUGAAAAAACAGUAAAGUGAAAAUGGACCAGAGGCCACUGAUCAGUGCUACCUAUUAAAAUACUUAAAAAAAAACAUAAGCAAAAGCACACUUUUCCUAAUUGCUACUUAAUUCAUAGUAUAUAUUAUUACUAUUAUUAAUAUAUAGCUGUGUCACGAGUGGGCAAGAUGAAACAAGUACUGCAUUCUGAUUGGCUACCCGAGCAAGAAAGAUGGGUCCAUCUUGCCCGCUUGGGAUUUCUGGCAUUUUCUCUUUUUGGCCAUAUUAUAAAUCCUUUAUUGACCAAGCUUGUUCGGUGCUUUUUUUUUCUUGCAUUUUUAUUGACUUGAAAACACAAAAAAGUUCUUGACCCAUAUUCAUCCAUCUUGACUGAACAAUCUUGGUCAAUAAUGCUUAUAAUGAUAUAAAAACUAGUUAGCCUCAGGCCUGUCAUUGAGAGCCAGGGACCAGGGAUUUCCCCCAGCUACCAUGAAUAUGGCCCCGGCUUCUUUCAUAGGAAAAUAGAAGAAAAAUAGAACCAAAAUAAAUCCCUAGCUGUUUGAUUCCCCCCUACUUGUUAUAUUUACCUGGCAACUUGAAAUCUUAGUGACAGCCCUGUGUGAUACAGAGACACGUGGUUUUAAAUGGAAUUUGUGCUUUUUUUUUUGAAAGCUCGAAAAAGGAACAUCUCUUCCACAUCCAAAGGCCUUGCUAAGAAGGAUAGUGAUAAAGAACAAGAAGAAAGCAAAAAAACUUGAGGAAGGUACUGAAUGCCAUGUUCAUUAAAUUAACUUGGAAGAUGUUCAUGAUCAUCAUGAAUAUUAAAUGUCUUUAUUUUAAAUCAUUCUGGGAAGUAUAUAGUUUUUUUGCACUUUAUAAUGUCACCGCUAAAAAGUGAAAGAUGAGUGUAUUGGAAUUAUUACCAGUUGUAAAAGGUAUUGGUUGAUUAAACAAUAUUUAUUCUCCUCAUCAGUAGCCAGUUCACAGUCUCAUUACUUUCUCUUUGCAUGUAAUAUAUAAUGAAUUAUAAACUGCUUCGAAUUGACUGCCAGCACAAGAUUGUGGGCUUGGCACUCGUUCUUGCACUCUUGCUCUUGUUCUUGCUCUUGCAUGCUGUCAAAUUGUCAAAUAAAAAAGAAAUAGUUCUGUGAACAGGCUACCACAUCAGCACGUAAGGAAAUGUUUGUAGUACAGUGUGGAGAAUACAUUACAAAGCUGAAGUGUGUUAUUUUGCACUUUCUAGGUGUUGAUUCAGAAAAACCUACAACUGACUCAAGUACCACAGUGACAAGUUCUGACANACCAAAAGAAAUCCCUAGCUGUUUGAUUCCCUGCCUACUUGUUAUAUUUACCUGGCAACUUGAAAUCUUAGUGACAGCCCUGUGUGAUACAGAGGCACGUGGUGUUAAAUGGAAUUUGUGCUUUUUUUGGAAAGCUCGAAAAAGGAACAUCUCUUCCACAUCCAAAGGCCUUGUUAAGAAGGAUAGUGAUAAAGAACAAGAAGAAAGCAAAAAAACUCGAGGAAGGUACCAAGCACCAUGUUUAUUAAAUUAACUUGAAAGAUGUUCAUGAUCAUCAUGAAUAUUAAAUGUUUUUAUUUUAAAUCAUUCUGGGAAAGUAUAUAGUUUUUUUUGCACUUUAUAAUGUCACCGCCGAAAAGUGAAAGAUGAGCGUAAUGGAAUUAUCACCAGUUGUAAAAGGUAUUGGUUAAUUAAACCAAUAUUUAUUCUCCUCAUCAGUAGCCAGUUCACAGUCUCAUUACUUUCUCUUUGCAUGAUUGUAUGGAAUUAUAAACUGCUUCGAAUUGACUGCAAGCACAAGAUUGUGGGCUUGGCACUCGUUCUUGCACUCUUGCUCUUGUUCUUGCUCUUGCAUGCUGUCAAAUUGUCAAAUAAAAAAGAAAUAGUUCUGUGAACAGGCUACCACAUCAGUACGUAAGGAAAUGUUUGUAGUACAGUGUGGAGAAUACAUUACAAAGCUGAAGUGUGUUAUUUUGCACUUUCUAGGUGUUGAUUCAGAAAAACCUACAACUGACUCAAGUACCACAGUGACAAGUUCUGACAGCAAAGUGGACACACUCAAUGGAGAGGUAUCGACUGACAAUCCACAACAAAUUAUUGAUAACGAUAAGGUAAGUGAAUUGUAAGUCAAAUAACAGCCAUUGUUUUAUAGCUUGAAAUUUUUUCCCAACAGCGCUUGCUUUCAUCGGUUACGUUGAGGUCACAUGACAUCUAACAAUGAAACUUUUCGCCCAAAAAAUCUCUGAGCAGGCAACGUUGCAAAAUCUAUGAUGUCAGAGAGUAACAGUGCACUGUUACCUGCAAAUGUUGACUGCUCACAAGAUUUAUUUUCAUAAAUUUGUACACUAAAAAGCUUUUCCUGGUAAGCUAGACAACAAAUUAAUCACUUUCAGAUUCUCGGGAAGCAAAAUUAACUGUUUCUCCUGGGACCAGUCUUUAAGUGUUUAAUGUCAUCAUGGUUUAACUCAUGACCAAUGAUAUCAUAUUUUUAUUAAACCAUUGUGAUGCUCAGAAGUUGGAUUUGUAGAUUUGUAGGCUCCUGAAUGAGAAACAUGCAGAAUAGUGAUGUUUAAACAACCAUAAAAUAGUGACAAAAGACGGAUCAAAAUGCACCAAUGACAUUAUUAGAGUAUUCAUAGCCAAUAAGAUCAUGGCUUAACUGAUGGGUGACCUAUAACAUUGUGACUUUAUUGACCAAUCAGGUCAAUAUCCAGAGUUUCAUACCAUCAACUGAUGGUGUGAUACACUUCACUUUGACUACGAAGAUGACUACUGCACAGGUUUUUGAAAUGUCAGUCACAGGACCACACCAACCCGGGCAGUCAUAUCCUACCUACUUAUGAAUUUACUCCUGAGUUCAGACCUUUCACCAUUUUAUACUAAUGUUUAAAUCUUAUUCUGUUUGUUUUUUUGAUUUUAUUGCAAAACUUAGGAUGAAGAAGAGGUAGCACCAGAGAAUGAACUUUCUGCUCUUGUAAACUACAUCCAACCUGUUCAUUUUAAAAACUUUGAAGUUGCUGCUGGUCAGUAUACACAUAUUAUGUUGUUUAAAUGCCAUGUCAUUUGUUUGGAACAAGAACACUGUAUCUGUGGAAACAUGUGAAUAUGCAAAAGCAAUGGGCUAGUGUUGGCCAUCAAUGAUAUUAUUGUACCAUGUUUAUAAUAAAGCAGAUGGACAAUUUUAUAAAUUAUCUAAUGGUGGUUCUCCAUGGUUUCUAAGAGAACAGAUCCUUGCUUGAUAUCUGCGAGUAGAUGCCGUAUGGAUAGUAUCUUACUCAGUUACAAUUUGAUGCUUAAAAUAGCUUAAACAUUAUUUGUUUUAACAGAGACUCAUUAGAUGCCUUAUUUUGGGCUAUGCCAAUAAUUUAUAUUCAGGGGUUUGUACGGUUCUGAAAUAAACACAGUGAAGUGUGAAGUUUGGACUGUUGGCUUACCUCCAUUCCUUAUGAUUGUACCUGCCAUUCUAAAUUGUUGCAAGCAAAGUGAGCAACUGUAGUUCCUUUUUCUUGACAGUUGUUAACAGAAGCUUUGAGAUGUCAUCAUUUGUUGAAACAGCGGCUACAACCGUUCUAAAAGAUGAACCUGUAGAAUUUGUCAAGUAUCCUUUACUGCACAUUCUGUUUUCUCCUUUCAAACAUGAAACAGAACAGAAACAGGUCAAAAGAGAAAGAUACAUACAAAUUCCAGAGUAGAGAGUACUUACCAUUCUUUGCCAAUUUCUGAACCGCUAUUUUAAUUUCACAGCUCCAUUUUUGCCCCCCUUUUUUCACUCUCUCUUUAUUUCCAUUGAUUCUAUCUUUGGUUUAGUUGAGAUACCUUUUCUACCAAUUAUGUACUGUAACUUAAUUAACUCAUGUAAAAUAAAAUUUACUAUAUUUUCUUAAUGACGAAAAGUUAUAACAAGCGUCAGAUGAGUAGAAUUUACCCCAAGGGAACACGAGUUGGAUCUGAAAACUACAUGCCACAGGUGAGCCCAGUGUUAAGAUUGUACAGUUUUGCAAAGUCAGCAACCCAAAGAACGAUUUUAGAAAAGAAAAUCUAGCAGCAUUUUAUCUGCUAAAAAAUUUUAUUAAAUAAUAAUAAUAUUUGUGUAGCAUAAGAGUCGGUGCAUAUAGAUAUCCUACAUAAAAUAGCACUUGUUAGUUUGAGGAAGAAAGCUUUAUAACAAUUUUUUAUUGUGUUGUACAGGUUUUCUGGAAUGCUGGGUGCCAAUUAGUUGCUCUCAAUUAUCAAACUUUAGGUAAGGCAUUUACAUCCCUUUUUUGUUGUGAAUGUUAUAUCAUCAUCCUUAUCACUUGCAAUUUUUUUUUUUCUUUUAAAGACUUAGGAAUGAUGUUAAAUCAAGGAGUUUUUGAAUAUAAUGGACGCUGUGGGUAAGUAAGUGAGAUUGUCUUCUUAGAACUGAAAUAGGAUUAAGCCAAAUUUUUUUCACUUAAUUAAAAGCAAAGGUCACAUUGGUUCAUCUUUAGUUUUGUUGAAAGGGGAAGUAAUAAUUGCAGCUGUGUGUGCAAUUUAUGUCACUCUAAAAAGAUGCACAUGUUAAGAGAAAAUUUCUCACUCUUUUAUCAUUUGACCACUUCAGGUAUGUCCUCAAGCCCAGUUUUAUGUGCCGUGCUGAUAAAACAUUUGACCCUUUUGUUGAGUCAACAGUGGAUGGAAUUAUUGCUGGUGCAGUCACAGUAAAGGUAAUUGCACGAUGAACUGGAUGUAUUAGAUUUCUCAACGUGUAUUUGAGAGCUUACUAAUCACUCAGUGGUGAAUUUAAAUGUAAACAUGAAGCUUGCCCUAUGCAUUCAUGUUUCUGAAUUUUGAGUAUUCUUCUUGAAGAACUGGGUUAUGAUAUUAAUGUGCUUAGCUUGGACAACAGAGAAAUUCACUGUAGGUUCUGCUUUAAGAACAGUGUUGUGGGGAGAUUAAAGAUUCUGUAGGAUAACGAUAUCUUUGGUGAUUUUCAGUGGAGGAAUGCGUGGCCCAGCAGUUAAAGAUCGGGAGGGACCCUGGGUUCAAGCCUUGCCUGUCACAUUGUUUCCUUAGACUAGGAACUUUACUCCAGUUUGUAUCUUGUAUCUCCUCACCCAGGUGUAUAAAUGGGUACGGGCGAUAUACUGCUGAGUGGGGGGGGGGACCCUAGGAUGGACUAGCAUCCUGUCCUUAGCAUCCUUCAUGCUAAGGAAACUGGGAUAAGCUCUGGCCACUUUGGCCUUUGGCUUGUGUGCACCUUUACCUUACCUUUUACCUUUCAAUAGGUUAUCUCUGGCCAGUGGUUAUCAGAAAAGAAGGUCGGUACCUAUGUUGAAGUAGAUAUGUUUGGCUUGCCUGCUGACACUGUCAGAAGAAAGUACAAGACAAAAGUUAUACCAAAUAAUAGUAUCAAUCCAGUCUACGAGGAAGAGCCUUUUGUGUUCAAAAAGGUAAACAUGGCUUGAAUGUUUAGAGAGGAAUUGAGCCACUUGGUUAUCAUCUUCUUUUUUUAUGUCAUGACAUCACCCAUAUCAUGGGUGGAUCAAGAGAGUUGCAGGUGUUCGCUAAGCCUGCCCUGUUCUUUCCUCCCCAAUUUCCCCCUAUCAAAACCAUGCAUUAAUUCAGUUUGUUCAUGACACUUUUUUGAAUUUAAGCAUAGCUUGGUGGCAUCAAUGUUGCUUCUGUUCCUUUCAUAUACUGUUAUCAUAUGUUCUGAUGUAAGACGUAACUGUAUUUUGUAUAUUAUCAGGUGGUUCUUCCAAGUCUAGCAGUUCUAAGAAUAGCCGUUUAUGAAGAAAGUGGCAAAUUCAUUGGCCAGAGAGUUUUACCAGUUGAUGGCCUUAGUCCAGGUGGGUUGAAAAAGGAAGUUUUGUUUUUUGACUGAUGACUGUCUAAGUUAUUAGCCUCCAGGCUAUAAUGUCUCAAAAUUUAAAUGCUCAUUUUGAAGAUGGUUCCACUAGAAAUUCAUUGGAGUUAUGCAGCUGGCACUUAACUCAGUCUCUUUAGAAUGAGACAAUUAAUUUGAAAAAAGUAUUUUUAAUCUUUUUGGAAUAGAUGCUACUUCAUCACAACAGGUCACCCUAGAUAGAGUAUACCAUCUGUACCCAUUUAAUUUUAUAAUCCUAAAAUGGGUAGUGAUCAUUCUUAAGACACAGUGUCUUACAUCCUAUCCACACCAUCCUACUUGCCGGGUAUAAUGCUUGGCAAAAGUUCAUAAUGCUGUAUGCAAUCUAUGAAAAUCAUUGACAGGAAAUAUUACAUACUUGGAUCAAAGGCAGUUUUGAUUAUGAUCUUUUGUUGGCAGGUUAUCGACACAUCAAGCUCAGAAAUGAGUCAAACCAGCCCCUUUGUUUGCCAACAUUGUUUGUACACAUAGUUACCAAAGACUAUGUUCCAUCAGGCUUUGAAGGUAGGUUGUGUAUCCUUGUGGAAAUGUUGUGUCUAAUUUACCACUUCAGGUGUGUUCAAUUGACUGUAUAUUGGAGUAGAAAUGGAUGGAAUAAACUCUAGAAAUAACUUGUUUCAGUGUCCAUUGCUUUGAGAUAACUAAAAAUCCACCUAAAAAUAAAAUUAGAAGUUGCAUGUAGCAUUCCAGUGGUCCAAAAAAAGAUUUGCUACAAAAUGUUUGCGUAUUCUUAUUUCAAAAAAUGAUCAAUGCAUUAUGCACCCUCAAAGUGAAUGCUAUCACCAUGUCAACUUUGGGCAAAUUUAGGAGUCUAGCGUGCAGUUCACUGUUCUUUUUGCCCACAGAUUUUGCUGCUGCUCUUUGUGAUCCUAUUGCUUAUCAUCAAGAAGCUGACAAAAGACAAGAGCAGUUAAAGUCAUUAUUAGAUGAGGAAGACCUUGAAGAUGUAAGUAUUUAAGCAUAUAUUUCAGGAAAAUGGUACAAACGAAAUGAUAUGACAAUGAAAAUUAGUUCAAGAUUUUAGUAACAAAGAGUAACACUCUUUGCACAGUUUUACUUUGCGUUAUUUUCCUCACUUAUAUGUGUUGUCCGCCACUGUGCUCACAUGGUGGGUGGCUCCUCCUAAAAUGUUCUGCAAUUGGUAUAGGAUUUAAUGGAGCCGAAACCAAUAAAUUGUGGAAUUGCACGCAUUUUAGGCAUCCUACUGAUGAACAGUUGGGACACGUAGAUAUAUUUUUUAGUAACUACGAUAAUUUGCAGUCUGUCUACUUUGAAUUGAUUUGAAUAUACAUGUAGCUGGCACAUUGUAAUGAUGAUUAUCUACUUAACAAUGCUGCUGCUGCUGCUGGUGAUGAUGAUGAUGGCGAUGGUAAUAAUAUUGACCCCUUGUAGUCUCUGCAGCGAAUAGUCAAUAAUCCUUUUGAUGUAGACGGCUUGAUCCCAAGGCUAUUGUCAAACCGAUUGUCAGUCACUAUUACUAUUACUACUACCACUAUUUACUUUAAGUCAUCGCAAUCAAUCUUUGGAGUUAUACAGAAGACAAAAGAAAUCUUGUUUUUAACUGCAAAGACCUAUUGACUCCACCUACCCCUCCCCACUUGGGGCAAAAUUUUGACUCAGGGGAGGGGUAGGUGCUUAGUUACCCAGAAACCUCAAUUGAUCCUUUUCUUUGUAUUAUUCUCUGUCAUUUCUUCAGGAUUCCUCUCAGACUGAAAAGGUCCAGGAUGAUGGAUCAAAGCCAGUGAGCGCAGUAAAACAAGGAAGUAACUUACCAAUAAAAGAACAGAAGAGGAAGUCAAUUAAAAGAAAUGACACAAACAGUGAGUUCAAUAAGUAAACAAUUUCCACUUGCUUAUAUAACUCAACAAUGGAUGCAUUUUUUAUUUAUUUAUUUAUUAAAUCUUUUUUAACUUCACAGCAUCACUUGCUGCUGAAAUACCCAAUCUCAGUCAGAGGCGUGGCUCAGAUUUUAUGUUCAGAGAAAGCUUGAGACGAGACAGUUCCCGGGACAGCAUCACAGGAAUGAAAACACCCAUGUCUCAUCCUUUUACGGCACGCUCUCUGUCACUCCAGGCUCCCCCAGUAAUGGAAAAAAACCCUCUAGCAAGAAGAGCCAGAAGCACCAAAAGGCGAGAAGGCAAGACGCACUCUCUUAUUUGUUUUAGCAGUGAAGGUAAGUGCCUGGAGGAUCUCAUGUGGGAAAGACUUCUUAUCCUGCCAUGUUUCUUUUCUAUUUUCAAUAUUUUUGUAAUUGCUUUUUUAAAAAAUUGCUCUUUGAACCACCGAAAGCAUUAAGUGCAAGAAAAUAAUGUCUUUAUGUAGCUGAUUUCUUGAGCCAGAUUCUAAACAUACUAAGAAAUACCUUUUAACAUAUCUCACGAUAGCAAACGAAUUUGUGAGAUGUCAAACUUCAGCCACUUACAAUAUCCUAGGAAAAAUAGUGGGAAAAAAGUUAAAUAUAUGUUUUAAAAGGAAAAUAUAAAAAGGAUAAUAAUUUUUGGGAAAUAUGUUGUAUUGACAUUAAAUCUGAAAUAAAGACUUGGUUAAAAGUUAUCAAAAUUAUUACUGUACUUGAGGAUUAAAUGCAGAAUUCAGUAUGUAUUUAAACAAACUUGUUUACAAUAAAAUGAAGUAAAAAAAUUAAUUAAGCAAGGAGCAUCUUUUAACUCCCUAAGAUAUACUUUGGAAGGCCUAAACCAUUAAUUUAAUGAUAUGAAUUGGAUUGCAAGCUGAAAUUUGGAGUGCUGUGAUUUUUUCUAAUCAGAAUUCCCGCUUGUAAAAUAAAAUUGCUAAAGUUAACGUCUUAAGCCCACAUGGGAGCCAUCAGGUGAGUACAUAAUCUAAAUUCUCAUCAUUAAUAUUAGCUUUUUGCCUUUUAGUUUUAAACUGUAGAAAAGUUUAAUCAUAUUCCAUCUUUAAGUAAUGUGUAAUUUGUGAACUUUCGCUUUAAUUUUGUGAAUGAACUUGUGGCUUUAUUUUUUAGGGAGAAAACUGAUGUCACAGAAUAAUAAUAUAUUUUAAUGUAAUAUAAAUGUAAUCUAACACCAAUAUUAACAGCUGUAAGGUAGUUUUAAUAAUUUAACAUUAAUAAACCUUUAUCAAAAUAACUCACCUAAAGGAAGGUCAUUUUUAGUCCUUAAUAAUUAACCUAUUGCUAGCAGGACAAAUAAGUUUAACAUCAUGUAUCUUAAAAGCAAAGAAUGCGGACUCGUUAGAAGGCUAAUGACCUAGAAAGAAAAUCCAAAAUCAGAGUGUUACAUACAUUCAUUAAGCUUUAAGAGGUUGGAGUCAAAAAGAAUCAGAAGGUUUCCAUUUUCUUAUGACUCCAUUUUAGUCUCUCUCAAUUUUAUAACGAUCUAGUGAAAACAAGAUUGUUGGUGUCGUAAGCUGAAGCCAAAGAAUUCCAGUUAACCAAUCACAGUAUUCAUGUCUGUUGAUUGUAAUUUCUUUGAACUCCCACUUGCGACUCUGACAAUCAUGUUAGCAGGUAAAAUACCUAACUCUGCCCAUUCUGCCCUUCAGAUUACUUCUUUGACUCUGUCAUUGCGAACGCAGCCUUAAUUUGCGUGAUAACAAACUUAAUACCAUGAGAACAAAUAAGUUCUAAUAUCACUCACUUCUUAACGACACUUUCUGCUAAACGUAACCUCAUAAAAUUUCUAACAUUUCAGUUAAAAGGCUAAAAUGAUAAGUGCCUACAUCCUUUUUCCAGUUAAUUUAACUAUUGCAUGGAAAGAUUUUAAAAUUAAAGCCAUUUCCUUUCUUUAGGAGGUAGUAUUAAAGAAGAACAUAUGGCAUUCCAGCAUUUUUGUAGGUUUGCUUUCCAUGUUCAUUAAAUUAACAACUUAUAAACACAAGCCGCUUUUGUUUCCUAGUCUGUCUGUAAUUUGCUUUAUAUUUCGUUAAAAAUGUAAAUUUAUAUUAUAACUGGUGCUUUAAAUCAUGUAAUACUUCACCAGGUAUAUUCACUAUUUCCGUUUUUGAGGAACAGUUAUAAACACGCUAAGUAAGAAUACAACUUGAGUUUUUUUCUGCGUGCAUUGGUAUAUUAAUUACUUUGUUUGUACUGGUAAUGGGUAAUGAAGCACGUGUGUCAGAAUAUUAAACAAGUAAUGAUGAAAUAAUUCUUCGAAUUCCAGGAAAGGGUCCUUCAUAAGCUAUGAUAUGCACACUUUCAUCUCAGUAAACUCAUGACUCACUGUCUGGGCUGAAUUUUCCUAUGUCACAGAAUUCAUCCUGAUAACUGCAUCAGCCUUUUAAGAAACUUGCUAUUAAAUAGAUUUAUCAUGUAUUACCGCACUUAUUAUCUAACCUUCUUGCAAUCUCUUUCCCAGGGCUUUUCUCUUGUUCCCCUCCCUUUGUCUGAGGGAAAAGCCCUGGGUACGAGGUUGAUGUAUUUGCAUGCAUGCUUGUAGGGAAUCAAGUGAUGUAACUCUCUCUCUCUCUUUGCCCUCCCCCCACCCCCUCUUUCAAUAAAUUGCCGCAGGUGUACCUAAAGCCAGAGCCAGAGCCAGAGCACUGAAUCCAAGACAUGAGUCAGCCAGUAACCCCCUGCGGGACUCAAGACAAAAAUUGGCACCAAUCCCCAACAUGAGAGCCUGCUUGUAUGCCAUUAAAAGCCCAGCACUCAAUCAUAAUCAUGUGCGAAUGCUAUAGAUCUUAAUCCUGAAUUACCCUCCCCCCCCCCCCAGGGUCUAAGGGUCAUCCCCUUACCCUCCCCCAAUGAAGAGUUUGUUCUGGAACGUUUUAAAUGGACCUAACAUAAGUGAUUUCCCGUUUCAUUAUUUUUUCAGAUACAAAAGUAGAACCAGCUUCCGUUAGUGAACUUAAAGAACAGAAGGUUGGCUUUUGUUAUAUUGUUGCCAAGGUUUUAUUAAACAUCAUUGUCAUUUGCUGCUAACUUUAAAUAACUUGUAAGAGUGGGGCACUAAGGUUUUAAAAAAUCGUCCUAAAGCAACACGACAGGAGAAAAGAAAAAUAGAAACGUCCCAAAUCCUCGGUGUUUCCUAAACCAUUACGUCACUGAUUGCAGGUGAAGUGUUAUUAGUAAAUGUACUUCUCUUUAUCCAAUUCCAUUAGGCCUUUUUGAAGCUGAAUCAAAAGCAUCAAAAAGAAAUGGAUGUGAUUGUUAAAAGACAUGAAAAGGUAAGAAUUCAGUGCUUUUUUCAGUAGUGAAAUUAUCUCACUGCUCUCAAAAUUACAGCAAAGUAGCGCUGAACAUAUUACUUAGUGUGAACACAGUUCUAUGUGAGUAAGAAAAAUAAACAUCAAGUAUUUAAAAAGUUUUAAUCUUUCAUUAUGCCCUAAUGCAUACAUUUGGUAACUAUCAGGAGAAAGACAAACUGCAAAAGAGCCACUUACUAGAGCAAGAUAAGUUGCUCAAAGACUUGGAUAAGGAAAAACUUUCAACAAAGAAGAAGAAUGACAAGGAGCUCAAAAAGGCAGAGAAAAAAGGGUAAGUAUCACUGAUGGAAAAUAAUAGUGAUGGUAAUUAUAGUGUAGAUAAGGUGAUGAUGAUGAUGAUGAUGAUGAUGAUGAUGAUAUCACCACAGUAUGUAAGUGACUGUCAAAUCUUGGCAGUUACGGGAUGUUUAACCUUACUUAGGAUUAUAGUGUGAGUAUUCUGAGUGUUAUAACCUUUCACAGACAUUCGUCCCUCAAAGAAGACGACCGUUCGGUUCGUCAUAUGACUUUUAAACACUGACAAUGGAAGAAUUACCUUGCUUGUUGUGUUUUCCAUCUGCAGGAACUAUGAAGAAAGUUACCGUAAAGGUGUGGGGGAUAUGAACGACUUAGUCCGAGGCCAUGAAACCAAGGUAGGGUAACCAGAGGAAUAGAGCUAGGUUAAUUACAAAGACCUGACAAAAAAAACUUGAGCAGUGGCACAAGACUGCAGAAAGGUGUCAAAAAAGGAACAAUCAGGUUGUAAAUCAUGUGACUUAUCCUUAACACUUGAAUUCAUUCGGUGUUAUUUGGUAUGAUUUAUGUUCUUCCCUUUAGUCAUAUUAUUUCUCAAGCAUGCAGCGUAUUGUAGAGACAUUUUGUGUCUGUAAUGCUUUUGUCCAACAAAGAGUAUUGGAGUUUGAUAAAGGAAUCUAACGGCUUUAUUUAUGUAAUUAGUUGCUACGGUGUAAUACAUGAUAUCUCGUGUUGUUAUUGUACGCAGUGUUGUAUUUUUUCUUCAUGAAUUAGUCAUUUUGUUGUCCGGUUGUUUUUGGUAAUCUCCCUCAGUUGCUUCAAUAAAAUCCAACAAUGUAUCAGACAUUUUUUUUAAUUUACAGGCUACAUGCAUAAUGCCUUGCAUGUUUGUAGUACGAAGUAUUAUUUUCCAUCUCUUGACGUUUUUUGCAAUUUCGUGAUUUUAUUUUUCAGUCAGUGUCUAUAAUUUAUUGCAUUUUUAUCAAAGCAGUUCUCACUUUUUCUAUCGAUACCGUAUUUUCGUUUUUUAUCGUGGUAUGGUGUUAACGACGUGUUGUACAGUAUUCUAUAACUGUGUCAAAGGUAAAUCACCAGGAUAACAGACAGUCAGUUGAGUUGAGCAGCACCCAUAACUCGUUGUAUUGCACCAAUGAAGUACAAUAUGUACACUCCAUUGCUUAAUCAUAUUAUGGAAAGAUUUUAAAAUUAAAGCCAUUUCCUUUCUUUAGGAGGUAGUAUUAAAGAAGAACAUAUGGCAUUCCAGCAUUUUUGUAGGUUUGCUUUCCAUGUUCAUUAAAUUAACAACUUAUAAACACAAGCCGCUUUUGUUUCCUAGUCUGUCUGUAAUUUGCUUUAUAUUUCGUUAAAAAUGUAAAUUUAUAUUAUAACUGGUGCUUUAAAUCAUGUAAUACUUCACCAGGUAUAUUCACUAUUUCCGUUUUUGAGGAACAGUUAUAAACACGCUAAGUAAGAAUACAACUUGAGUUUUUUUCUGCGUGCAUUGGUAUAUUAAUUACUUUGUUUGUACUGGUAAUGGGUAAUGAAGCACGUGUGUCAGAAUAUUAAACAAGUAAUGAUGAAAUAAUUCUUCGAAUUCCAGGAAAGGGUCCUUCAUAAGCUAUGAUAUGCACACUUUCAUCUCAGUAAACUCAUGACUCACUGUCUGGGCUGAAUUUUCCUAUGUCACAGAAUUCAUCCUGAUAACUGCAUCAGCCUUUUAAGAAACUUGCUAUUAAAUAGAUUUAUCAUGUAUUACCGCACUUAUUAUCUAACCUUCUUGCAAUCUCUUUCCCAGGGCUUUUCUCUUGUUCCCCUCCCUUUGUCUGAGGGAAAAGCCCUGGGUACGAGGUUGAUGUAUUUGCAUGCAUGCUUGUAGGGAAUCAAGUGAUGUAACUCUCUCUCUCUCUUUGCCCUCCCCCCACCCCCUCUUUCAAUAAAUUGCCGCAGGUGUACCUAAAGCCAGAGCCAGAGCCAGAGCACUGAAUCCAAGACAUGAGUCAGCCAGUAACCCCCUGCGGGACUCAAGACAAAAAUUGGCACCAAUCCCCAACAUGAGAGCCUGCUUGUAUGCCAUUAAAAGCCCAGCACUCAAUCAUAAUCAUGUGCGAAUGCUAUAGAUCUUAAUCCUGAAUUACCCUCCCCCCCCCCCCAGGGGUCCAGUGUGACCCCCUUACCCCCCCCCAAUCAAUAGCUUCUUUCGGUACGUUUUCAAUGGACCGAAAAAAAGGUUUUUCCCCUUUCUUUAUUUUUUUCACUAAAAAAGGAGAUACUAGCGUCUUACAGUUAUUGUAGAUUGAUCUAUAUGUUAUCCAUUCUAUGUGUUAGACUUACGAUAAAAGUAAAGGUGGGGAUACCAGAGAGCUUCAAAGUAGGAUGGUACCCCCCCCAAAAAAACUGGGUCGAGUCACCUUAAGAAAACAAGUUUAGUAUUUUCCUGCGUGCAUUGGCAUAUUAAAUACUUUGUUUGUACUGGUAAUGGGUAAUGAAGCACGUGUGUCAGAAUAUUAGAUAAGUAAUGAUGAAAUAAUUUUUCGAAUUCCAGGAAAGGAUCUUUCAUACAGCUAUGAUAUGCACAUUUUCAUCUCAGUAAACUCAUGACUCUCUGUCUGGGCUGAAUUUUCUUAUGUCAACAGAAUUGUCCUGAUAACUGCAUCAGCCUUUUAAAAAACUUGCUAUUAAAUACAUUUAUCAUGUAUUACCGCACUUAUUAUCUAACCUUCUUGCAAUCUCUUUCCCAGGGCUUUUCUCUUCUUCCCCUCCCUUUGUCUGAGGGAAAAGCCUUGGGUACGAGGUUGAUGUAUUUGCAUGCUUACUUGUAGAGAAGCGAGUGAUGUAACUCUCUCUCUCUUUGCUCUCCCCCCACCCCCUCUUUCAAUAAAUUGCCCGCAGGUGUAGCCAGAGCCAGAACCAGAGCCAGAGCACUGAAUCCAAGACACGAGUCGGCCAGUAACCCUCUGCCGGACUCAACACAAAAAUUGGCACCAAUUCCCAACAUGAGAGCCUGCUUUGUAUGCCAUUAAAAGCCCAGCACUCAAUCGUAAUCAUGUGCGAAUGCUAUAGAUCUUAAUCCUGAAUAACCCUCCACCACCCCCCUACCCCCCCGCCCCUAGGGUCUAAGGGUCAUCCCCUUACCCUCCUCCAAUGAAGAGUUUGUUCUGGAACGUUUUCAAUGGACCUAACAGAAGUGAUUUCCCGUUUCAUUAUUUUUUCAGAUACAAAAGUAGAACCAGCUUCCGUUAGUGAACUUAAGGAACAGAAGGUUGGCUUUUGUUAUGUUGUUGCCAAGGUUUUAUUAAACAUUAUUGUCAUUUGCUGCUAACGUUAAAUAACUUGUAAGAGUGGGGCACUAAGGUUUUAAAAAAUCGUCCUAAAGCAACACGACAAGAGAAAAGAAAAAUAGAAACGUCCCAAAUCCUCGGUGUUUCCUAAACCAUUACAUCGCUGACUGCAGGUGAAGUGUUAUUAGUAAAUGUACUUCUCUUUAUCCAAUUCCUUUAGGCCUUUUUGAAGCUGAAUCAAAAGCAUCAAAAAGAAAUGGACGUGAUUGUUAAAAGACAUGAAAAGGUAAGAAUUCAGUGCUUUUUUCAGUAGUUAAAUUAUGUCACUGCUCUCAAAAUUACAGCAAAGUAGCUCUGAACAUAUUACUUAGUGUGAACACAGUUCUAGUGGGUAAGAGAAAUAAACGUCAAGUAUUUAAAAAGUUUUAGUCUUUCAUUACGCCCUAAUGCAUACAUUUGGUAACUAUAUUAGGAGAAAGACAAACUGCAAAAGAGCCACUUACUAGAGCAAGAUAAGUUGCUCAAAGACUUGGAUAAGGAAAAACUUUCAACAAAGAAGAAGAAUGACAAGGAGCUUAAAAAGGCAGAGAAAAAAGGGUAAGUAUCACUGAUGAAAAAUAAUAAUGAUGGUAAUUAUAUAUAGUGUAGGUGAUGAUGAUGAUGAUGAUGAUGAUGAUGAUUAUAUCACCACGGUAUGUAAGUGACCGUCAAAUCUUGGUAGUUAUGGGAUGUUUUACCUUACUUAGGAUUAUAGUGUGACUAUUCUGAGUGUUAUAAACUUUCACAGGCAUUCGUCCCUCAAAGAAGACGACCGUUCGGUUUGUCAUACGACUUUUAAACACUGACAAUGGAAGAAUUACCUUGCUUGUUGUGUUUUCCAUCUGCAGAAACUAUGAAGAAAGUUACCGUAAGGGAGUGGGGGAUAUGAACGACUUAGUCCGAGGCCAUGAAACCAAGGUAGGGUAACCAGAGGAAAAAAGCUAGGAUAAUUACAAAAACCUGACAAAAAAAACUUGAGCAGUGGCGCAAGACAGCAGAAAAGUGUCAAAAAAGGAACAAUCAGGUUGUAAAUCAUGUGACUCAUCCUUAACACUUGAAUUCAUUCAGUGUUAUUUGGUAUGAUUUAUGUUCUUCCCUUUAGUCAUAUUAUUUCUCAAGCAUGCAGCGUAUUGUAGAGACAUUUUGUGUCUGUAAUGCUUUUGUCCAACAAAGAGUAUUGGAGUUUUAUAAAGGAAUCUAACGGCUUUAUUUAUGUAAUUAGUUGCUACGGUGUAAUACAUGAUAUCUCGUGUUGUUAUUGUACACAGUGUUGUAUUUUUUCUUCAUGAAUUAGUCAUUUUGUUGUCCGGUUGUUUUUGGUAAUCUCCCUCAGUUGCUUCAAUAAAAUCCAACAAUGUAUCAGACAUUUUUUUUAAUUUACAGGCUACAUGCAUAUUGCCUUGUAUGUUUGUAGUACGAAGUAUUAUUUUCCAUCUCUUGACGUUUUUUGCAAUUUCGUGAUUUUAUUUUUCAGUCAGUGUCUAUAAUUUAUUGCAUUUUUAUCAAAGCAGUUCUCACUUUUUCUAUUUGAUACCGUAUCUUCGUUUUUUAUCGUGGUAUGGUGUUAACGACGUGUUAUACAGUAUUCUAUAACUGUGUCAAAGGUAAAUCACCAGGAUAACAGACAGUCAGUUGAGUUGAGCAGCACCCAUAACUCGUUGUAUUGCACCAAUGAAGUACAAUAUGUACACUCCAUUGCUUAAUCAUAUNCUUCAUGAAUUAGUCAUUUUGUUGUCCGGUUGUUUUUGGUAAUCUCCCUCAGUUGCUUCAAUAAAAUCCAACAAUGUAUCAGACAUUUUUUUUAAUUUACAGGCUACAUGCAUAAUGCCUUGCAUGUUUGUAGUACGAAGUAUUAUUUUCCAUCUCUUGACGUUUUUUGCAAUUUCGUGAUUUUAUUUUUCAGUCAGUGUCUAUAAUUUAUUGCAUUUUUAUCAAAGCAGUUCUCACUUUUUCUAUCGAUACCGUAUUUUCGUUUUUUAUCGUGGUAUGGUGUUAACGACGUGUUGUACAGUAUUCUAUAACUGUGUCAAAGGUAAAUCACCAGGAUAACAGACAGUCAGUUGAGUUGAGCAGCACCCAUAACUCGUUGUAUUGCACCAAUGAAGUACAAUAUGUACACUCCAUUGCUUAAUCAUAUUUAGAUGAAGUUCAGAAUGUUUCCUAAAAUUUGGAAUAAAUAUAAAAUAUACGAUGCUGGUAGUUACCACAAUAAAUACAGGAAAUUAAAGGCACUUAAAAAGGCAAAAAUUUGUCCGCCGUAAAGAGAUUACAAAAGCUCACGUCUCGAACGGACACAUCACCAUUGUUGAGCAGUGAGAGCGUCUUUAAAGAACGUCAGCUUCGGAGCCAAAAACCGUUCACGUUUGAACAUGUUUAAGCAUUGGUGUGAAAAAGUAUAAACUGCACAACAUUGCACUAAAAGUGAAAUCAAUGUGAACGGAACAUCCUGCUUAAAACUGGUUUGGUUUGUUUUCUUGGAACUCCUUAGGUACCAACAAUUGAUCCUGACGGAGAGAUAAGUGUUAGUAUAUGCCACUGUAUUUUUGCAUUACGAUGUUCAUACACAUACUGUUUGUACAACGAAAAAAACUUCAGAUUUUUUUGUGGGAAGGGCUUGGAGGGUUCAUCACAGUAUUCGUGGUUUAACAUUGUAACAACAACAAGAGUUUUUGGAUUUGUCAAUUUUCUGCUUAACUGAUUCUUUGAUUGAAUACAAGAAACUGAUUAAUUCAAGCUCUACUGCAUAACCUAAUUUGGCAAAUUUUAAUUUCACGAAAAUGUUGGUUAUAUAGCAAUCACAAUUAAGCAAAAUGUUGUUCUUCGUAAAGGGAAGUGUCGUCAUUUAUGUUAAAUAUCCUAAACGAUUGAAAUAUACCUUAGCAAUGUACAUCAUAUAAAAACAUCCAUUGAUCAUUGACGGAUUAAUGGUAACUAAACAACAAUUUUGAACAACAUAAAUGUAACUAGCUAGUGUAUGACUUUUGUAAACUUGAGACUGCUGAUUCCCCAGUGACAACCAUAAACUCAGAUUCUUAUUCAGUGUUAAUGUUUGUUAUGUAGGCAGUUUAGUACUUAUAUCUUUAGAAAGAAGAACGGUUAAUGAUGGUAAUCAAAGUUUAAAAUCGUUAACUGGGUUUGAAAGUACCAGUUUGGGGUCUUUUCGAGAUGGAAAUAUCUCCAUUAUUUGACCAAUCAUAGGGUGUGUACUAACUUAGGAAUUGCCAAACGCUUUGUUGUACAAUAAUACAAGACGCAAACCUGUAACGUCGCCGAAACUGCAAAUCAUUUGUGGCGAUGUUAGUUGUGAUUGCUCUGAUUAAUUUAAAAUAUUUCUGUACACUCUGUGACAUGAGUUGUAAGGAUGAGAAAUGAGGUGAUGCAGGUUUAAUACUAAUUGAGUGUAAAAUCUUUCAUCUCAAAGAAACGUGUUAACGCACAAAACGAGGGCAUGAGGUUCCGUAAACGCGUUCAAAACAGCUAUAUAUAUAUUGAUACAUUUACUUGAUUCCCCACAAUUCUGAGCUUGCAGUAAUUUAUCUUUAACUGAUCAUAAGCACUAAUAAAGUUCUAACAUUUGUAGCAGGUAAACUCUCUUUUCCUAAACUACCAUCAGGCUUAUAAAACAAAUAAACGUUGAAAUAUUGACCUCUAUCAUAAUAUACUCGUAUAUGACUAAAUGAACGCACAGUCUACAAACUCUUUAUAAAAGAUAUAUAUCAAACGCCUUGGUGUUACUUUUGUCCUCUUGCAUUUUAAAAUAUAAAUAACGUACUCAGACACGUAUCAACCUGUACGCCAUUGCAUGCGCACUUGCGUGUUAGAAAUAACUUAUGGGGUUAGAUAAAACAAGAAGUUAGAGGUUAAAUCCUCUCUUGUUAUAUUUCACAUUCAAAGAGUUUUUUUCUUUUUUGAAAUUCUGAGGGCAAACGUUUAUUUUUCUUAAUAACUUCUUAACAAAUGCAUGACAGAAAAUACUGAAAAUAACAUUUCCGAGCUUCUUGUUUUCUUGUUUGCGGUGGGUGGGGUAUCCCAGAAUCUUAGAGGCAAAAUGUUCCCCUUUGCCUAUCCUACAGACUUGUCUAACUUAAUCUCCACUUUUUUAAAUCACGCCUUAAAUGAUUUUGGCGUCUUUUUGCCUUGACGUGGAAAUAACGUAAAUUGACCUCAUUAGUUUAUUUGUGUUGCUUUGACUUUCAGAUUAAUACUCUGAAACGUACACACCGUGACUCGAUGACUGAACUCCUCAGAAAGCAACUAAACGAACAGCUGGAGCUAGCAGAGAAACAACUACAUCCUGUAGGUGGAUAGGCAAUCACUAUACUCAUAUAUUUAGAGCGGCCAUGGAACGUCCCCAAAUUUUCUAUGGCCUUUAUCAAUGUAGUAAAGGGGUCGGUGCAAGGAGCAACCAGUUAGCAACCUACUGUUUGCAGUCUAGCUAUAAGACAAUUGCACGAUUACAUCUUACUACGACUACCAGAAUGCCUUAGUUUUUUGUUCUUGAGAAAAUUAACGCUAUUGUUUUUCAAACGUCGCCAGGAUUGACAAAUCUGAAUAGGAAAGCAAAAGCGAAAAGAAAUCCGGUAGUUUUAGUCAAAUGUCGUCAUCGUGAAAAUGGCCAAUUGAUUGUGUCUUACAAUACGAAAAGUCUCGCUUUUAAUUGGUCCAUUGGAGUCUUUUGAGCAAAAUUUGCCUCUUAAUGGCUACUCUCUAUGCUGAUUUCUGCGGGAUCUCCUUCACUUUCCUUAGAACUAAUGCUGUUUCCGGGGUUCAGGGAGUGGAGACAGGGUAACGAGAUGUAAGAAGGGAAAACGGCGAAGAUGGAGAGGGAACGGGGAGAGGCAUUCGCUGAGAUAAAAGCAUUUUUGAGCGAAGCACGUCAACCGGAAGUGAAGCCUUCGGAAGUGUCGAAGUUUGAAUGUCUAAACGUCUUUUCUCUUAUAGAGACGAACUGCCGAAAAUGUGGGCAAAACUACCGCCCUAGAAUGCAAAAAUUCCACUUCCAGUUGACGUGCGUUGCUCAAAAACGUCCGUGCUCGCUUUCGCUGUAAAACUAUAGUUAACGCUAUAAUGAUCAUUGUACCAUAUUGCCUUGCAACAGAACGUCUUUUUUUAAUACUUCCUUCCUGCAAAUGUCACUACCCCAUUCACAUGGCAUCCUUCUGUUUUUAUUAUGUCUAGAAACAAGAAGAGCUGGAAAGACUGAUGCGUCUGUCGCAAGAAGACAAGAUGAAGCUUUUGGCGGAUGUGCAUUCCAAGUAAAUGCUGCUUUUUUUAUUUUGUUCAAUUCCCGUAUUUCUAGUGGCCUCAUUAUUGUACUCUUUCAUCCUCUGAUUUGCCCAAGAAAAUGGUUUUGUUCUCUUAAUGUUACUCUAAGUCUUGUUUUCUGCAAAAGAGGAAAAAUGUCAACCAAAAUACUCCCUUUGCCGCCUUUUUUUUCUUAAGCAUACAGUUUAGUUUAUUUCCUGUAAUAAAAUAUUUUUAUUACCUUGAAGACAAAUGAAUGACUUGAGAAAAGGCCAAGAUGAUCACAAUCGGCAGGAAUUAAAGCUUUUGUCGCGGUACCAUACAAAUAGAGAUGAACUACAAAGGUUUGUUGUUUUCUUUCCUGUACCUCCUCGCAACUGCUCAAUAUUUCUUGACAGGAUUUCUUUUUUGCUUCUUUUCUUUGUCUUCCCCAUCCUUUGUCCCAUUAUUUGUAAAAGUCAGUGUACUAUUUCUCGUCUAAUUUCUCCACCCUCUUCUAUUAGUCCUUGACUAGACUUCUCUACUUUGGAUCAUCACCAUCAUCAGUACUAUUAUCAUCAUCCUCAUCAUUAGAGCGGUUUUCAUUUGAGUGUCGAAAAGUAAUUGGUUUUGCACUUUCUACACGAUGCGAUUGGCUUAAAAGAUUCGCGCCACUUUUUCAUCCAAUCAGAAGUAAAACCAAAGCCAAUUGUGACGCGCUCGCAUGCAUUUUCCCGCGCUUUGCGUCCGCCACAUGUAAUUACUUCGAGUGUUGAUUGGUUCAAUGUAUUGUCUGUGUCCUAUGUGAUUGGCCAGAGUAAUUACUUUGGUUUUGGUUUUACGACACUCAAACGAAAACCACUCUAUCAUUAUCGACAUCACUGCUGUUUGAUCGCUAUUACUCCUUUCCAACCCCAUCCAGUCUGUUCUUGUGUAAAGCCCGCAUGCUUGUUCAUCACCUUAAUGUUUUCCCUACUGUUUAUUGAGAUCCCAUUCAUGCUCCUUCGUGUUACUUUUGUCUUUUCGUCUUAUGUCAGCGCGAUCCUGAGUACUCAGAGAUUUCUUCGGAAUACUCAUUAAUUUUUUGUUGACUUUACUCUUUAAGACGAAAACGAGAAGAGAACAAAAAGCACAUAGAGCAAUCAGUAAAGGAGAGACAAAAGGUUUGUUUGGUUUCAUUCUCUGUUGACAACAUAUAUGGACGUUUUACGAUUUUUUUAAACGAAAAUUGAUGCUUUAGAAAUUUCAAAAUUGUUGGUUGCUUGAGUCUAGGUUUGACUCUUAAAAAGUGUUAUCUUAUUUUAGAUGACUGAGUUUCACAAAAAAGAAAGAGAAGAGCUGGAGAAAGAACAUGACAAACUCUUUGAGACUCUUGACGAGGAUAGGAAAAAGGUAGUGUUUAUUUAUGUUUUAAUUGCCUUCAGAGUUCUUUCGUUAAAGAAAAUAUUGUGAACCGAGCCGCAUCUCACGAAGAGAAACAACAGCUGGAAAUAUCUGCAUUUGCAAGCCACCAAAAGCAGCAAACCACUGAAGUUUAAUGUAAAAUUCUUGAUCUUAUCUCUGCAGAGUUUAAGAGAUCUUCGAACACUUCAUGAAACGAAGCUGAAACACCUUACUGUUUGUGACCUGGAAAUUACUUACGCGUCAUUGUAUGGAGACAAGGUUACUAAGCUGUAG